ACCACCCCACACAACUACAUACUCUCCCUUCACUAGCACUAAGAAAAAAUAAUGUCGCUUUCAGCUUCCACUCUUCCACCAAUGGCCACUCUCCGCCUCGUAUUCACCCUCUACUGUUGCUCCCUCGUCUUGCUCUCCAACUUUGACCUCUCCUCUUGCUCCCGACCCUUCAAGUCCUCCACCGGCCAUUUCAACCAGUCCAUCAACGCCGAGCUCGCUCGGUGGUCACCCGCCGGCGCCACCUGGUACGGCAGCCCGGACGGUGCAGGAAGCGACGGCGGGGCGUGUGGGUACGUGAACGACGUGUCACAGCCGCCCUUCUCCUCCAUGGUGACGGCGGUGGGCCCGUCGCUCUACAACUCCGGCAAGGAAUGCGGAGCUUGCUAUCAGAUCAAAUGCACCGGCAACCCGUCGUGUUCCGGCCACCCGGUUCGCGUCGUGAUAACGGAUUCCUGCCCCGGCGGCGACUGUGCGUCCGAAUCCGCGCAUUUCGACCUCAGCGGCACCGCCUUCGGCGCCAUGGCGCUCCCCGGCAAGGAAAGCAAGCUCCGCAACGCCGGAGUGCUUCAAAUCUCGUACGCAAGGGUUCCAUGCGAGUACUCAGGGAAAACCGUGACAUUCCACGUGGACGCGGGCUCCAACGAGGACUACCUCGCGGUGGUCGUGGAGUUCGAGGCCGGGGACGGCGACCUGGCCACCGUGGCGCUGAAGCAGUCCUCCACGUCGACGGCGGCGGGGCAGCACUCCGACAACAACGACCAGUGGCAGCCGAUGCAGCAGUCGUGGGGUGCGGUGUGGAAGCUGGACGCCGGAGGGAAGCUGAGCCCUCCGUUUUCCAUCAAGCUGACCUCCCGGUUGUCGGGAGAGACGCUGGUCGCCGAUAACGUGAUCCCCGUCGGAUGGCAGCCCGGCGCGACUUACCGGUCGCUCGUCAAUUUCCACUGAGAGAAAAUGGUCGAUCAGUAAUAAUUAAUUAAGGACAUAUGUACCUGUGUUGUUUAAUGUUCGUGCGUGCUAAAGAUGGUAAUUUAGUCAAGUACGAGACAACCGGCCAUGUGCACUGGUUGGUCACAUUAAUAUAAUAUCUACUUAUCCAUAAUUCUAUAUGCUACUGUAAGCCUGUAAGGCCUACUAAUGGUUGUACUCAUCUCAAAAUAUGUUGUCUUGGCUUGGAUUAUCGAGAAAAUAUAGAUGUAACAUUUAUAGCUCUAUCGUAAAGUCGUUCGUAAAAAGAAACUGUCAAAAAUAACGCAUCAUGAAACGAAGAGAAAGUUUUUUUUUUAGUGCAAAAA